AUGAAGCUCUUCGCCUAUCUUCCCCCGGCGGUCCCCUUCCUCUUCGCUGCCCUGGUCGUCGGCGGCCUCGCGUCCAAAACGUUGCAUAUCGCCUUGCAUUUUCAUUCACUUCCGCUCCUUUAUUUCGUGUUAUACUCCCCGACACUGGUGCUCCAAGAUAUUUUCGUGAUCGCCUUUGCGCGCGUGCUGCUGCUCACUCCAACCCCGGAGAUCAAACUUCAAUGGCUCUCGACUGUUCUUGGGGGAAUACUCUCAUUGAUAGUAUGGGGAGCGUCGUCAGUCCAAUGGGGUUUCUUCAUGCAGACGGGCGCAGAAGUCGACUGGGCCGCGUCAAAUAGUUUCCUCAGUGACCCUGCUGCCAUGAAGAUUCUAUUGAGCGGUAUCUCCACAGUCUCCGCGGCUGGUACAAUCAUUGGACUGGUUGCCUGGCUGGCCAACACUAAAUUCUACCACUGGACGGGACUCGGCUUGCAGGCGAUUCGAGGUCUUUUCAGUAGCGGGAUUCGAUCGCGAUACACUCUGCUCGGCGUUCCUGACAGAUCGUGGCUUAGCACGUCCUGGCUCACAAAGAUGGAUUUCAAAACGACGUGUCGUGUCGCGAUCAUCGUCUCCUUGAGUUCCUCGUUGCUCUUCUUGGAGCUGACUCGGCCAUCGAUCCCCUACGAUCACCUCUCCGGCGCCUUACCAUUGACGCUAUUGGAUGCUUUCAGCAAGAAAUCCGUCACCACAAGUGGUUGUCGUCAACCUUCGCAGAAAUUCCCUCUCUGGACGAGCGUCAACCCCGGUCUGUUGGCCAACGGAUGGUCGCGCCCAUCGUGGCUACCCGAAAGUCCACCGUCGGGAUUCAGUCGUUACGAACACUCCCCCGAGGAGCUUGCAGUGAAGGACAAUCCUUCCUGGUACGGCUGCAACGAGGCUGAACCUGGCUUCUACAACCCCAAGAAAGACCCUCUGAAGAUUUCCAAUUUGGAUGGCGAAAUCUACGCCCCGCUCAAGGCCGCAUUUGAUAAACACAACGUCGAGAUUGAACAUGUGAUCUUGGUGACUCUCGAAAGUGGGCGGAAGGAGGUCUUCCCCAUGCAGCAAGGCACCCCCAUGUUCGAUGCUCUGCUUGAUUCUCAUCCAAAGGAGGAGCGAGAGCAGGCAAUUGACAAGUUGGUCACGAUGACCCCGGUGUCGCAGAUGCUGACGGGCGAGUAUGCCACCGAUAGCAAGGGACAGCGGGUGAAUUUGACUGGCGCCAACUGGCAGGAUUCGGCCCCAGAGGGCAUGGGAGGGCUGAACGUCCGAGGCGCCAUCACCGGUAGCUCUUUGACAUUCAAAAGUGUUUUGGGCAGUCAUUGUGGUGUCCACCCACUUCCGGUGGACCUACUGGAGGAAACAGAGCUGGAGAUUUAUCAGCCCUGCUUGCCCCAGCUGUUUGAACUGUUUAACACGGUCAAGGGCUCAGACGCCGGUUCAUCCAGAUCAGAGCGGGACGAAUCCGCACCACCGGCUUGGAAGAACCCGUGGAAGUCGGUCUUUAUGCAGUCUAUCACCGAUGGCUAUGAUCGCCAAGAUACCCUGAACGAGAAUAUGGGCUUCAAGCAUAAGGUGGUGAAGAGUACUUUGACCUCGAGCGGAUCCAAGUAUCAGGCCCAGGGCAGCGAGAUCAACUACUUUGGAUACGCCGAGACGGAAUUGAAGCCUUACAUCAAGGAUCUCUUCGAGGAGGCUGCCCACAACAAGACCCGCAUGUUCCUCUCUCAUAUCACAAGCACCACGCAUCACCCGUGGAAUACCCCUGAUGAUUUCAGAAACGACGAUUACAUGGGCAGUCGGGGAAGUAUUAACCACACCCCAAUGAACAACUACUUGAACACCGUUCGCUUUGUGGACGGCUGGCUGGGUGAGAUCAUGGCUAUGCUUGACCAGACUGGCAUUGCCAAUUCCACUCUUGUAGUAAUUGUGGGCGAUCACGGUCAGGCCUUUGCGGAAGACCACAAGGAGAUGACGGGCACGUAUGAGAACGGCCAUAUCAGCAAUUAUCGUGUUCCCAUCGUUUUCCGACACCCGCACAUGCCCCGCCUCAACAUUGAUGCAAAUGCCACCUCGAUUUCGAUCAUUCCCACCAUCCUCGACCUCCUCAUUCAAUCGAAGUCCCUUGACCCCCGCGACUCAGAAAUGGCUUCAGCUCUGCUCUCUGAUUAUCAAGGUCAAUCUCUUAUCCGCCCAUUCGUUCCCUCGAUCAAACAGAACCCCGACGCGAAUGCUCAAGCUCCCCGCGAGACCAACAGUCGGAUUUCGCGCAAACCGCACUCCAAGCCUGGCGAUCACACCCAGCACAAUUGGAACUUCGGAAUCGUCAACGCUGGUGGAUCUAUGGUUGCAGUCACUGCCGCCGGCACCCCGUGGCGUCUGAUUCUGCCCCUGAAAGAGAAUUUCGAAUACAUUUUCAGUGACCUGGACAAGGACCCCGGGGAGCUACAUCCGCUCAACGCCUGGACCAUUAAGGAGCUGCUCAAAGAGGUCUCUUCCAAGUACGGAGACGCUGCCGCCAAAUGGACCCGAGACGCAGAGCGAGUUGGGAAAUGGUGGGUCAACGAACAAAGACGCAACUGGGGAUAUCGCGAGGCGUGA